AUGAUUUGCAAUUCCUUCCUCGUCGUCGCAUUCGGUCUUGGUCUCGUUCAAGCAGGCCCUAUCGCUAAACGCGAUGCUGCGACCGUACUGUCUGAUCUUGAGACUAUUGGAACAGAUGUUACUACUCUCAAGACGGACGUAACCAACUGGACCGGAGACCUUUUGGCAGCGCUAGGCAUUUUGUCCGAUUACAACACUGUCAAAAGUGCUUUGGAGACAGCCAUCACUGAUACCGAGGCUGCUUCUGCAUUCACCACUUCGGAGAGUUCCAGUAUCACAUCUGAAGUAACUUCUCUAGCCACAAUUAUCAUCGCAACCUUGGAUGAGCUUAUCUCAAAGGAGUCCACUGCGGCAUCUGCAGGAGUCACUUCCACUUUGCUCUCCUCCCUGGAGACGCUCAAGACCGACACGGACGAGCUGGGGGCGGACUUGGAGGCGAAGGCCACCACGACGGAUGCUUCGACAAUCGCUUCGACUCUGGCCUCAAUUGACGCUGCUUUCUCUAGUGCAAUUGCCGCCUAUGAGUGA